UCAUUUUUAUUGAAAAUUCUAUUGUUUCGAAAUGAUCAGGAAAUCUUAUUAUUUAUACGACUGGAUACAAUAAUACAAGUUCAUAUUAUCGAUUAACUAAAAUUAAUACCGCUACUAUAGGAAACUCAUGUAAUUUCGUAAUAAAUUAAUUGUAGUUCUCGGACUAUAGAAAUCGAUGCAUCAGUCAUCUGAUACUGUCUGUUACGAAUAAUUCAGCGUCGAGAAUGAGAGGAAACUAUAAUUAAUUUUCGUAUCAUAAUUUCAUUUCCUCGACAGACAAAUUUGCGUUACGUUUAUAAAAUAUUGAUUACCGAUAACGAGAACCGUAAUCGUUUUUCGAUAUUUGUGCUUCAAUUCUCGCGUUAAAAUAAUAACAAAGGAUAAUACAUUUUGUGUAAUGAAAACCAUUUAAUUAUCUCCGACCUAACAUUAUAUUCUUUACGUAACAUCCAAUUUUCUUUGAAACCAUUAAUUGUUUUUUCCAUUCACGCAAAUGGGGUGAUGUAGCGUUCGGUAUUAUCAGAUCUUGCUCAUUUUUUAAAUAAUAUGAUACAGUGUGCAGUUACCAAAAACGACGUCUAAUCUACUUGGUAUGCAUGUAGUCAUACAAAAAUCAAAUUUUAAUUACGAUAUGAAUAUUUCUAUUUAUUUAUUCGUUCGCUCGACGUAUCAGUUCUGUUCUCGCGUGUAUAUCAAGAUUUGAGAUUGAAGCUUCGUUCAUAAAGAUGAAAAUACUCAAUUCAAAAUUGGGAAUUUAGAAAAGGUUUUCAUACAUUUUAAGUGGAUCGGGAAUGAUUUUAAGUAGCUGUAUAUGCGUAUUUAAUUAUAUUCUUCAGAUUUUCAUCGGAAUGAGAACCCUCAGGGAAUCAGGCGAAUGAGUGCCUAUGAAACGCAUGCGUUGGGACGGUCACGGUAUUGCAGGCGCACGACUCUGCGAGCAACAGACUGCUGUGUGUACAUCCCCGCCCACGUAUUAUUAUUCGACUGACUCCGUAACCACGCUUCUCGGUGAUCGCGAGCGGCCACGAGUAUCCCGAAGAACGGGUGGAUAAUGAAUUUAUUAUUCGCGGAAAACGUGCCGCGUCCCGUCGACAGACCCACGUAAGAAGGCUUUUAAUGUGACAGAGGGACGAGCAUGAUUCUGACUGGAUCAGACCAUUUUCUGGCGGUACCUGUGGAAGCGACGGCAUUUCUGGGUGCCAUUGCUGGCUUCGUCGUACUCCUGUUGGCACUGUUCUUGUACCUGUCACGAAAGUGGUGCUUCACCCCGCCAUCGACGACCACGCUUUUCGGCGGUGUUUGCGUGCCUCUCUGCGACUCCAACAACAGCUCCACCACUCAAAUCGCGAAAAAUCUAGGAAAGCCAUUUUCCUACUCGGAUCCAGAGACUACUUCCGACUCGGAGGAGGACGAACUUCGCCGUUUGAAUUCGCUUUCCCAUCCACCGCCAGAUACGUUGACCAUUCAAGCGGAGGAUGGUCCAACCAUUUUAGACGCAGGCACCACCUCCAGUAGUUGCACGGAGGAACAUUCGCCUAGCGAUCAACAGCAGUGCGUGGUCGAAGUCGGGUCCUCCGGUAUUAUUCUCGACAGCAGAGAACAGGAGAUAGAAGUCGAACAGAAUGGAUCGACUACGAACGACGUUAUCACAACGAUGGGUACUAUCACCGAGGAAGUGGGUAGCUUGGAGGUCGCCUUUUUGUACGACGCACCGAUGCGCGAGAUGACGGUUCAUGUGUUGCAAGGACGGAAUUAUCCCGAAGGCAUAGGCGGCAGCCAGGUGCGGCUGGUGCUUUUGCCGUCGAAGAAACAACGACGUAAAACUCGGGUGCGUCAGGGUACGUCCCCGCAGUAUAUGGAGAGUUUCCUGUUGCCGCGCGUCAACCCGGAAGAUGUGAACGCGAUGGGUGUGCGGUUGAGGGUGUAUCUUUGGGGAAGAAUGCGUCGAGAGAGAUUGCUAGGCGAGGCCAGAGUCUCCUUCGAUCAGAUCAAUCUUCAGCUCGAGACUACGCUCUGGUUAACGUUGCAACCACCACCCUUUUCUUCGGUACAAGAUUGGGGAACGACAAGUAGUUUGACUCGGAGCGAUUCCACGGGAUCACAACAAUCGGUUCAAUCGUACGCUUCGCCGACGGUACGUAUGCCGACCUACGCCUCGCACGCCAUUCCGCCUUAUGGUAGCAGCAUGAAGGGUGGAAGCGUGGCAGAGAUUUUAGUAGGACUGGCAUACAAUGGGACGACCGGGCGCCUGUCGAUCGAGAUAAUCAAAGGAUCUCAUUUUCGGGGUGGCGGUGGUAAUGACACGAAACCCCCCGACACGUACGUCAAGCUCGCCCUCGUGGACAGUAACGGCCACGAAAUGGAACGAUCGAAAACUGGCUUGAAGCGCGCCCAGCCGAAUCCUCUCUACAAGGAAACGUUCAUUUUCCAAGUUGCUCUGUUUCAACUUGGAGACGUGACGCUUUUCCUGUCGGUUUAUAAUCGUCGAAGAGGCGGGAUGGGGAGGAAAGGGAGGGAGAUGAUCGGCUGGCUCAGUUUGGGAUUGAACAGUUCCGGCUCCGAGGAGCUCCAGCAUUGGAACGAUAUGCGUGCAGCGCGACAGCCGACGCAGGUUCAACGUUGGCACUCGCUGCUACGUCCUUGAAACGUUCGAUCACGAAAGAGUUCCUGUCACGAAGAGACAUUUUACGUUAACGAUAACGAUAUGGUUUGAUCGAUAGACACGACGGUCCCUCUCUUGCGCAUCGUGACGCAUAUACACGAGUGAUCGUGUAGCGAAAAAAGAAACAAAGCAAACUGAAUUUUUCGAAUGGCGAACGGCUGCUCUCUAUUGGAUUCGCCGUCUGUACUGCCCGAACACACAGAACACAGAAGUCAAUAUGCCGAUCCUGCGAAUCGCAGAGUUGUCAUCAUUUUCGCACGUGGUAACUCUGAGUUAAAAACACUAUCGAUGUACCAAGUACAUUCCUUUUUGAUACGCCGGACGGAGUUGUGGGUGUUUUCAACAUACAUAUUAACGUAUGUAUAUUAUAUACAUAUGCAAGCAGAAAAGAAACCGAGAUAGGAAAAACGCGACACAAGUAUAUACGUCAUACGCAUGCAGUGUGCACACUGUUUACGCGCACAUAUACACACACGCACGCCCACGAGACACUUACUCUUACACUCGACACGUGAACACACACGCAUUUCGCCGGUCCGAAAAAAUUGAUUAGCACAGAUGGACCGCGAAACCGACUCCGAUUCGAUAUGUGCCUGAGCCAACCUUAAUCGUUUAUUUUUUACUUUGUGCCUUUCACCCUUUUUAGGCCGUGUGUGUCCGUCGACGGAGAAUCGUCGUGGGAUACCCAGCUGAGUCGAGAGUCCUAUUAUGAACCGCGAUCCUCUAGUCGUUCUCCGUUGGGCGAGCUCCGAACUGUGUAACUGUAACCUUAUGUAUCUUUCUCUAUCUCUCGGCUCCGCGUUAACUUUCAACGGAUACCAAAUUCGGAUUUGCAGUGCUUCGUCGCACGAAUCGAUGCCACGAAUAUUGGUGUUUCGAUUGUUUAUGGUUCGAGAAUGGAUUGAUGAGUAGCCCCGAGGAUUGCUGGCUAGGUUUUCAGCUGCUACUCUCUUUUGGAGUCAGCAGAAAUGUUUUCGAAGGAACGGGAGGCUGUGAAAUUCUCGUAUUAUCGUGUCUUUCCUUUAUCUUCAUGUAUAAAUUCUUGUUUUUUUUUUUUUACAAAUUAUAUCGGACGAGUUCGGAAGUUUAGGAGUGUCAUCACUAUCCACGAGUUCGCUUGACUUUCGUGUAUAAGCGUAAUAUAUCGUUUGAUAAAUUAAUUGACGAGGCGUUGAGGGUGAAAUAUAAGGGAUUUAAAAGGGGGACGUGUAAGAGGAUAAAUUCACAAUUCAAUGACGCACAAUAAACUCGCAGAGCGCACCCGGUAAACGCAGAUGUGAUCGUAGACUUGAUAUUACUAUCAAAUUAGAUGCAUAACACGAUCGUGAAUACGAUAGAAUGCGUAGAAUCGUCAUCGACGCGUUUACAUUAGAGGGAAUUGGCUGUUGGGCGAAGCGGGCGACUGAUUAAGAAUAAAAAAAAAACAGAUGCUGUGAAUCGUUUAACGCUUGACUUUUUCAAGCUUAGCGUUUAGGUGAUUAAUGACGAUUAAUCCAUACUCGAACUAUUCUCUCGUUUACGUACUUAGGCAAUGUAUAAAGCGAUAUCGAGGACUCAGAAGUCUUGUUUCUUUUUUAGCAUCGUACGUACGCAUGAAUCUGAAAUUUUCUUUUCUCACGGUACUCCGGGUAAACGCAGUUUCCGACGGGACACCUUUUAGCGCUUUCGAGUUUAGCGUAAGUUGAUAUUAUCGUAGCAACGUGUGUCGGUUGCGUCACUGGAUUUUCAUUGCAUUCCGGGUGCAGAAAAAAUGAAAUUACAACGAGAGACAGUAGAAAACGUAGCGCGGAAGUAUGCGAUUGAAUCGUUCGAGUUGUAUAUUUUGUGGGACAAAGUGUUAAGCGUAUCAUGAUCUUCAGCUAGAUUACUAGGAUACUUUUUCACUUCUGAGUCCUGGUAACAUAAUCGUAUACUGUACAGUCUGUUUAUAAACAACACGAUGUUGAACGAGGAUCAAAGUGAACGUUCGUUCGCGCUUGGAAGCGAAAUGGGGCACGGGCAAGCCCGGCGAUGCCUCUCGUAUACCGGGAAGAUCGCGAUAAAAGUCGAAAUGCUUUCUAAGUAUUUAUGAUCAACACGUAUACUUAAUUAACAAGUAGGGCUUUUUCAGGGUAAUUUCCAACGCCUUUGACUGUUUCCAAUUUGUUACAGUAUAAUCGUAAUUAUAUCGAGGUAAUUUAAAGCAUACGACUGGCUUUUCGCGGAUACGAUUCUGCCCUAACGACGAUAAUAAAGGGAUGCUUGGUCGAGGAGGCUUAAAUCUAAGCAUCGAUCACACGGGAGGUGUAUGAAAUUAUUGAAUUUUUAUUAUCUAAGUAACGAUGUUCAUGGCAGGUAUGAAUGUACAAACGGUGAAAUGAUUCUCACAACAUCAAGGUGAUUCAUACUGUCUUGUUCUCCGAUGUUCUAUUCUAUUGUGCAUCGCUUUUCCAAAUGUCCGACGCUUACAUUGUCGAUCACAGAAAAAAAAAUAUAACUUAAAAGAGAAAAAAGGAUAAUAAUCAUAAGUAAGAAUCGCGAAGAUUAUAAACAGACUCAUGUUGAAUUUUUAUCUAUAUUUUAUCUACAGCACUCUCUCUCUCGAUAAGCAUUAAUUGAAGUUUGAACGUCUACUGCACAAAAUAAUUACAUUACUCAAUGUUGAUACUUAUAAAUUAACGAUAAUUAUUAUUAUAUCUAUCGCGUUUUAUAAAAGUGUACUCUAAUACAAUUAAACGAAUAAAAUUACAAGAUAGUUGUUAUCGAACGCAUAAAGCGGAGAGGAAUAAAACCUGUCAAAGUACAUA